GCGGCCGCCGCUCGCUCUGCGCUGUCCUGCGCUCCGCUCCGCGCUCACGGAGCUCUGUCCGGGCCGCACCGGGGGCUGAAGCCCGGGCGUGCGGUGGGACCCCCGCGGUACCCCCCGGCCUCGUUGUGUACGGGGGUCGCGAAGCGGCCCUUAAGGUGGACUCGGGUUUAAGGUGGACCGCUCCCGUAAGGUGGACUAGGAGUUAAGGUGGAUCGCGCUUAAGGUGGACUCUCGUCGAAGCCGCGCCUGCCAGGCGGGGAGGGCCGGGGCUCGGCAUGGGGAGCCCCGCCUGAAGCGGCUGCCGGAGGAGCAGCGCCGGGCUGUGCUGAGGAGGAGAUGGGGAAGGCCCGCUGCUGAGCAGCCAACUUCUGCCCGGCCUCUGACAAUGACCAGCUCCAGGCCGUUCUGCGGGAAGAGGCAGCCGAUGGACGAGGGCGAGCUCUGAAGCCGUCCUGGCCGCAGCCUCCCCGCCGGCUCCGGGGACCCCCGGCGCAGCGCCAUGGAGACGGUGGGAAAGUUUGAGUUCAGCAGGAAGGACCUGAUCGGGCACGGAGCCUUCGCCGUCGUUUUCAAAGGCAGGCACAAAGAGAAACCUGAGCUGGAAGUAGCUGUGAAAUGCAUUAACAAGAAGAACCUUGCAAAAUCUCAAACUCUGCUGGGCAAGGAGAUAAAAAUACUAAAGGAACUGAAACAUGAAAACAUCGUUGCCUUGUACGACUUCCAGGAGCUGGCAAACUCUGUCUACUUGGUUAUGGAGUACUGUAAUGGUGGUGACCUGGCAGACUAUCUUCACACUAUGCGGACACUUAGCGAAGACACCAUCAGGCUCUUCCUCCAGCAGAUAGCAGGUGCCAUGAAAAUGCUGCACAGCAAAGGCAUCAUCCAUCGGGACCUGAAACCUCAGAAUAUCCUCCUUUCCUACGCUGGAGGCAGGAAAUCAAAUCCCAACAACAUUCGCAUAAAGAUCGCUGACUUUGGGUUUGCCCGAUACCUGCAGAAUAAUAUGAUGGCAGCAACAUUGUGUGGUUCACCAAUGUACAUGGCACCAGAAGUCAUUAUGUCACAACACUAUGAUGCCAAAGCUGAUCUCUGGAGUAUAGGAACCAUCAUUUAUCAAUGUCUAACAGGAAAGGCUCCUUUUCAGGCCAGCAGCCCACAGGAUCUUCGCCUCUUCUAUGAGAAAAACAAGAUGCUGAUGCCCAACAUCCCCAGGGAGACAUCCAGCCACCUGAGGCAGCUGUUGCUUGGCCUUUUGCAGCGUAAUCAUAAGGACCGCAUGGACUUUGAUGAGUUUUUCCAUCACCCAUUCUUGGAUGCAAGUGCCUCAAUGAAAAAAUCUGCUUCCGUGCCAAUGCCUUCUUACCCCAGUUCAGGCUCCGGUAGUUCCUCCAGCAGCUCUUCUACUUCCCACUUGGCAUCACCUCCUCAGUCCCUUGGAGAGAUGCAGCAGCAGCUGCAGGAGAAGGCGCUGGCAUCUCCUACGCAGGAUUCCCCCGGCUUUCUGCAUGGAUCAAAGGACUCUGCUGGGAGCAGCAGUAAGAAUUCAUCCUGUGACACAGAUGACUUCGUUAUGGUCCCAGCACAGUUCUCAAGUGAUUUAACUGCUGAGGCUGCAGGAGGGAAACCAAUCCAAGACAGCCUGAUGUACAGUGGGAGCUCUCUGGUGACUUCAGCAGGCUUGGAAAGCCAAGGAAGGACUCCAUCUCCUUCACCCCCAUACAGCAGUUCUCCUAGCCCGUCCAGCCGGCCAGGUCAGUUUUCCAGCAGCAAGUACGGACACUCUGUGCCCAUUCCAGUCCCAACACAGAUUCACAACUACCGGCGGAUCGAGCAGAACCUGCAGUCUCCCAAUCAAUACGCCUCUCCACGGUCUGGUACGGUCCGGAGGUCCAGCAGUACAAGUCCUCUUGGUUUUCCUAAAACUGGUGCUUCCCCUCCUUAUCCUGGAGAGCAUGGAUCCGUGCCCAGUGCUAGAAAGCUCUCCUUUGGCGGUGCCAAGCCAUUUAUGCCAUCACCGCAAGUUGGAACAAUCCCAGAGCAGCCCAGCCAGACUGUUACCCCGUCUUCUCUUGGAGCAGAUGUGAGAAGCCGGAUUCCUGUUGCUGGUUCCUCAGCACCUGAACACUCUUCUCGAGGGAUGGGCUCCAGGCUCCACAGUGCUCCCAACCUGUCGGAUUUGCAUUCCUGCAGGCAGAAGAUAACUAAGCAGCACUCUGAUCCUCUUGUUGCUCACUUCGGUCAUACCCCAGUCAGCCAGCCUCUGCAGAUUCAUGGCUUGCAGCACUGCCGACAGCUCAGAUCCUCACCAAAGCUGUCUGAGUUCAUGCAGAGAAGCCCGUUGCCAACUAUAGUGGGCUCCCCUACAAAGGCCGUGUCCCCGUUUGAGUUUCCCAAAACCCCCAGUUCCCAGAAUCUCCUCACCCUCUUGGCCCACCAGGGGGUCAUGGUGACUCCGACACGGAAUAAAACCUUGCCAGAUCUGAAGGAGAUGGGUCAUUUCCACUGCCAGCAGACUGGUUUGGGAUUGAGGCCUGUGGAAGAGAUCAAGGGCAGAUCUCUGAGCACAGGCAGGCUCACUGACCUGCUUCUGAAGGCAGCCUUUGGGGCACAGAUCUCAGAAGCUGGCAGCAAUGACAGCCUGAACAAUGAGAAGCCAAUGGAAAUUGCAGCUCCCUCAGGUGCUUACGGAGGGACCCUGCACUCUGGUGCCCGGGCUGGGGGCUCUGCCAGCCCAUCCCCAGUGAUUUUUACUGUUGGAUCCCCUCCCAGUGGAACAACCCCCCCACAGACCACGAGGACCAGGAUGUUUUCAGUGGGAUCUUCCAGCUCCCUCAGUUCUGGAGGCUCAUUCACCGGCAGGCACUUGGCAGUGGGAGCUGGUGGGGAUGCUGCAGAAGGCCCCUCAAGUCUCCGGUACGCUUUUGCUGAUCCCAUCACCGCCAACCUGGAAGGGGCUGUUACAUUUGAGGCACCAGAGUUGCCCGAAGAGACACUCAUGGAGCAAGAGCACACUGACAUCCUGCGCAGCCUCCGCUUCACCCUGGCCUUUGUCCACUACGUGAUGGAAAUUGCUGCCCUUAAAGGCAGCUCCAGUGAGAUGAGCAGCUCCGUGACAGCCGAGUACCAGCUCCAGGAGAGCGUGGUGGCCGACCAGAUCAGCCUCCUCAGCCGGGAGUGGAGCUAUGCAGAGCAGCUGGUGCUGUACCUGAAAGUAGCAGAGCUUCUGUCCUCAGGGCUGCAGAUGGCCAUAGAGCAGAUCAAAGCUGGCAAGCUGUGCCUCUCCUCCACUGUCAAGCAAGUUGUGAAGAAGCUGAAUGAGCUUUACAAAUCCAGUGUCUCAUCCUGCCACUGCCUCAACAUGAGACUCCAGAGGUUCUUCUUGGACAAACAGAAGCUCAUGGAUCGGAUCAACAGCAUCACUGCAGAGAAGCUCAUCUUCAGCUAUGCUGUGCAAAUGGUACAGUCUGCAGCCCUGGAUGAGAUGUUCCAUCACAGAGAGGACUGUGCACAGAGGUACCACAAGGCUCUGCUGCUCAUGGAGGGGCUCCUGAACAUCAUCACUGAACAGGGCGACAUAGAAAACAUCAAUAAAUGUAAGCUGUGCAUCGAGCGCAGGCUGUCAGCGCUGCUGUCGGGGUUCUGUGCCUGAUGUCCACGGUUGCUGUUCCUCACGCCCCAGCCGAUGGCUUUGUCUCCAGUGUCCUGCUGCUGCGGUGGGAAGCAGUUCUGGCAGCAGGAGCCCUGGAGGAUGAACUGCUCAGUGUUUCGUAUGACGACACUUUGGGAAGUUGUUCCACGGACUCGGAUCCCUUUGUGGGGAUGUGUGACUGCAGCAAGCACAAAUACUCCCCUGCCCAAAGGCCUGGGCGAAGGUAUAGCCGACGUGGAAAGGUUUCCCUCGUUGCCAGAGGGGUUGAAGGAUAGAAAUCUGCUUCUUCCCAGCACUUUGAAGGAUAAGACUGCCUAUCCCUCUUGCUUAAGAACAGGGUAUUCCAGUGCUGUGUCCAUUGCAGGCGAUGGAUGUGCUGAAACUGCUGGCUUCAGUUAACGCUGGAGGGCGUCAUUCAGAAAUCAAGGCCAGUUUGUGUACUUCCCCCUACCCAGCUGAGAGCCAGGCAUCUUCAAGCUUCCUGGCACCCUGAGGUUCCUCUCCUUUCCCUCCACUGUCCCUUCUCACACGUGUUUAUGCCUUGGAGUGCUUACUGAAUGGCAGAGAGGAGGGAGGCAGCUCCCUAUUGCCUGAGUGCUGCUGAAGUAGCUCCCACCUCGACAGACUUGCUGAGCGAGGCAGAGGAUGCGCUGCGCUGGGGCAGGUUGUGUCUCCCUUGUGGGCAAACCAUGCAGGGAGAGAGACUGCAGAGAGAGCAGGAGGAUGACAAAGUAUUAAUGCUCCUGUGUUGGUAAGAAGCCAAAAUGAAUCUGUUCCUCGCUUGCUCCCCAAGCUCAGCGGUUUCAACAUGAAGGACUCGUGGCUGCUCAGUAGGUAUCUACCAGGAGGAAGCACUAGCGCUGUCCUGCUUUCAGCUCGAUAACCCCUUUCCUGGAGCCCUCACCCCACCCCAAACUGAAAACACUAGCUUUGUGAAUCAAAGGAGCACUUUACUCACUAUGGGAACUUUGAGGAGUUGACUUUGCAUCACACAACAACCCAGGAACAUCACGACUGUUAGGAAUGCUGUUCUUUUUAUUCCUUUUCCUUGCUUCCUGGUUGUUUUAUUGCACUACGUGUGUGCGUAUAUUAAUAUGUAUUCCUUUGGGUGAAUAUAUAUUGAUAUAGGUCUGGUUUGUGUGUAACUGUAUGUAUUUAACUGUACUGUAUCUUGUGAGUGUGAGGCAGAAAGCACUGCAGAGUCCGUGCUGUUCCUCCUCCACAGCAGGCAAAGCUGACUUGCAGUACCAAGGUUUGUUUUGUUAUUUAAAUGUUCUUUUAAGGACAGUCAGUAUAAAGCUUUUUAAAGAGCUCAAGAACAGGCGUUCAGAUCCCACACACAAUUGGAAACCCUUUUUUUUAAGUUUUAUUUGCUGCUUUGUGUUUUUUAUAAAGAAAUCUCGUAGUGUUCAGUUUUAUGUUCAGCAUUUCUUCUAAGGAGACUCUGUAGCCAAAUGAGAUUGUGGGUGCGAGUGGCUCUGGUUGAGGCUUUGGAUGCUGUGAGCAUGUGUGAGAGGAGAGCUGGCUGCCUUUCCGUCUGCGUGUGCAUGUGUGUGUCUUAAUUUAUCAGUCGUGGCAGUAUUCUAUUAGCGCUGGGCAGAAAAGGAUCUUUGAAAGCAACUCAAAACCUCAGGCUUUGUUCUUUUGGGAUCUCAACGUAUUUUGCACAUGGUGGUUAAGUCCUCGUCGCUUUUUUUCCUCUCAAUAUUGGGCACGUUCAGUGUGAUACUUUACAAAGGGUUUCAGGAGCAACUCGAUUGACUUUGGAGCUGGCAUCAUCUUUGGCAACAUGGGCUUUGAAACGCCAAUAAAUGAAUUCAAAGAUACUCCCAGUUGCCCCAAACAGGGAUGUUUAAGUGUAGCUUUCACAAAUGCUUCAGUGUUGGGCCGCUGUUACAUCCUGCACUCACAGCCUGCUGCUUCUGUGGCCAUCGUGCUCGUGCCUGGGACAAAGAAGGAUACAACCCCAGCCAGCCGAGGCCCAGCCUGUGGAUGGGAGCCCCGAGGAGCCCCAGACUGCUGCCCAAAGGCUGUUGCCAGCGCUGCAAAGGGCUACGCUGCGGGAGGUGGCACGGGAGCACUAAGCCAGGACUGACUCCGCAAUAGACACCCCGAGCCCUCCCAGCACGCACCGAGAGCCUCCAGCCCAGGACACGCAGGUAGGAUGGUCCCUGCGCAUGGCGAGCUCAGCACUAAGCUUCCAGCCCUGCUUCAUUACUUGAAUGUAUCCAAAUCGUCCACAUUCAAUGUACACAAGUAUAUAUUGCUCCAAAAAAGUGUGGUUUACAGACCUACAGCCGAUACAUAUGUAUGUGUUUGUGUAUAUACAUACGAGGAGGUGUGUGUGUGCGUGUAUGUGUAUAGAUACACACGCAGACACAGACGUGUAUAUAUAGGUUUUCUCUCAAUACUUGAAACUUAGCCACUGUGCUUGAAAUAAAAAACAACAAAAACACACAAGAAAACACACAAACCCACCCCAAAAACUGGGGGGGAGGGGGGGAACUAAAAAAAUGAGACAGGUGAUUUAUUUUGCCAUCACUUUGGUGACUUUCUUUUUUAUCUAAUUGCAUGGAGCGUGAAACCAACUUUUUUGGUGAAUAUUUAUUGCUUUGUAGACAAGGUAUGCAAAAAAAAAAAAAAAAACCAAAAAAAAAGGAGAAAAAAGCAAGAAACCAGCCCAAAAGCAGCCCCUACCUGUGACGUUGCUAGUGUAGUCCACCCGCUGGUGUCAUGGCUUCCUUCCUGUUGCAGCGUUUGUGUCUGGCGUCUUCAAUAGAUUUCAAGAAACCUCAGUCUAAUAAACACGUCCCUUCAGGUCUGUGAGAGCGGAUGGUGGUGAUGUUCUUUAUCAGCAAUGCUUGAGACUUUGUCAACGUUUUUUAUUUGUGUUUUGUGUGACUUUUUUUUUUUUGGCUUUAAAUUGUACAACACCAAUUUAAGAAAAUAAAACUGAUUUGAAAUUGUUA